GUCCCGGGCCCCAAGGCGUGCGCGGCGAACCCUCCGACCACGACUACGAGGACAACGGCGAAGAGGAGCAGCACUUCCACCAGCAGCAGAUCCACGGACACGCUGGCCCCUACUUCCCUCUGUCGCCCGACAAGAAGAACCCAGAGUACCAGAUCAUCGCGGUGGUGCCGCACAACGUGCCCCAGGGCAUCCCGUCACACCAGGGCGUGCCGCCGUACCACCAGGGCGUGCCGCCGUACCAAGACCUACCGCCCCGAGGGGGUGUGCCGCCGCAGGGGCUGCCGCCGCAUCGGGGCACGCCGUCGGGACAGCGGCAUCCAACCCAGGAGGACCUCCUGUACCUGCAGCACGUGCACGGCCAGGACGGCGUUCAAGUCAUCCAGCAGGGCGCGCCCCAGGGCGUUUCUCACGGCGGACCGCAAGGCGUACCGCAGGGCGGCACCGACGUGUACCUCCUCCACAACCAGCAGGGACUGCACGGCCUGCAGGGCGACAAGGUGUACCACGUGGACGUGCCACAGGGACCUCAGGGCCAGCACCCCGGCGUGCCCCAGGGAGUGCCCCCGGGACUGCACGAGCAGAUCAUCGCGCACCUACGCUUCCCCGAGGGUCCGCUGCCGCCCGGCUUCCCCCAGCAUCCAGGCAUUGGUCGGCAAGACGAGGUGACGGUGCAGACACUCGAGGCCGUGGACGAGAGCACAGUCCGCCUCGUGUUCUCGGUGCCCCCUGUGCUCGUCGGCCUGCACGGCCGUGUCGAACUCAGAUACACUUCGGAUGUGCAAAAUGACGAGCCCGCCACGUGGGAGCAGCAGGUGCUGGCGCCACCCAACGACCUGAUCGCCACGCCGCAGCUCGAGUUCGAGCUGGGCGGGCUGCAGGCCGAGACCGUGUACAAGAUCAAGAUCACCGUCAUCCUGCGCGACCUCCACAACACACCGUCCAGCAAGGUGCUCAAAGUGCGCACCCUGCCGAGAUCCGCCCCCGCCACGACGCAGCCCCCGCAGAUUCCCGUCGACGCCGAGCUGACCGUCGCCGAGGUGAACGCCAGCUGGGCGCGCCUCACCUGGAGGAAGGCGACGCCCUUCGAGAUCAACUUCAUCGACGGCGUGCAGCUCCGGUACAAGGAGAUCGACGGCAAGGUGUACGCAGCCACGCCGCUGAUCCACCGGGCCGUGACGAGCUACACGCUGGAGGGACUGCGGCCCGACACGCAGUACGAGGUGGGCAUCUACUUCAUACCCUUCACGGGCCAGACCACCGAGCUGCUGUCGGAGAGGACCGUCACCUUCACCACAGGCAUCGAGAACGACCCGUACAAGUUCGAGCUGACGCUGGACGUCCACCACAUCAAGUCCACGUCCGUGGAGCUGAGCUGGCAGGGCGUCCCUUACCCGGAGGACAAGUUCGUCAACAUCUUCCGCGCCAUCUACCAGAGCGACGCGGGCAAGGAGGACUUCAGUUCGUUCAAGAUCGCCAAGCGAGACUCUCCUCCAAAAACUAUGAUCCAGGACCUCAAGCCGGGUACAAGGUAUCGACUAUGGCUGGAGGCGUACUUGACCAACGGCAGGAUCAAGAAGAGCAACGUACAGGACUUCAUCACCAAGCCUGGGUCCGCACCGACAGCCGCCGGCUCAACGCAGCAAGGCAAGCUCGAGGGCACGCCCCUGGCCGAGGUGUCAGACUACUACGGGCCUCUGGUGGCGGUCGCCAUCAUAGCCACACUGGCCAUCCUCACCUCACUCAUCCUUACACUCUUACUAAUGAAAAAGUGUGCCCAGAGCAAAGCGGCCAUCUCUACUUGUCGAAAGAGUCAAUCGGCAUAUGACAACCCUUCGUACAAGACCUCUGAGAACGAAUCAAUUACAUCAAAUGGACGUUCAAGAAAUGCUCGAGAUUCUGCAGAUGAUGCAUGA